GCACUGUUUCCAUGCACAGUCUGGUGCAGACGGUGUUGAAUGCGGUUAGUAACCACAGCACAUUCACAAUGAAGCGGCGAAGACCAGACUUCUGCCAACAAGACCGGAGCCGGCGAAGGAUGGCCCAAGUCAACAAGCCUCCACAGAGCCGGAGGCAACUGAAGGAGUUGAAGCCUUUCUAUGAGAAACCUGCCAAUGUCGAGACCAGCUCAGAUAUCAUCAAGGAGGCCAGGUCAUCCCUGCGAACGGUUUGCACAAAGCGACCGUUCACACCCCAGGACGACAAGAGAACGCUGUUCGGUGGUAGCCCAUCAAAGAGCCCAAGUGACAGACCACCAUCUGCUUUUAGCUUGGGUGCCCGUCAUUUUGAUGGCAGUGACAUCAGACCAAAGUCAAAUACCAGGCUCACUCCCUUGGAUCACAGUCCAAGCCAGUCCCUGAGCCCAGUAUCACCGUCUUCCAGUGGGGAGAGUCUUCCUCAACUGGCCAAGCCUCCCAAACCCCCUCCUCUAGACCCAUCCCGCCCCAUGUCUGGCAAGCGACGGACACACAAGUUGAAGAGCGCUCUGAGUAAAGAUGGAAGUUCCGUCCAAAUCCUACCCCAACCUCUUGAGAGAAGAUUGUCCAACCCUCUUCCGUCCCCGACCCCGCCCACUGAUGAUCAGCUCCAGCGAAGGGUGCAUAGUGGGCCCAAAGAGAGGACUCGACCUCCGCUUGAGGAAGGCAUACCCCGAGUCAAAUCAGCCGACAGCGUACCAGUACACAGAAAAGAAAGAGAGCGCGUCAAGAGCAGUGGUUCAUCGAGGGCAGAGAGUGGCUACGUCAGCGACCGCGCAUCCAGUGGCAGUCGGUCAGGAGAUAGCAGCCGUGAAGAGGAAACAGCAGAGGAGGCCCUCUAUUGGAACACAAAGGUCAACCCUGUGCUGGAAAGACUUGUACCUGAGCAUACAGGAUUUGUCCAAGAAUCAGAGGAGGCGAGGUUAUGUACAUCCUGCAAGGCUCUUUAUAAUGUCUUAGACGAGGGUUCUAUGCUUGGCAAAGCCUGCAAGCGACGGCGUACGGCGCUGCGGGCGAUUUUUAAGCUGAUCGACGUCAGCAAUCCUAGGGUGCAACUUCAGGCUGCAAGACUGAUGAUGGCUCUGGGUGUGAGUGGAAAUAACUUGAAUAUGCUGAGCAAGUUAAUCCUGAAAGUCAGCAAAGACAACAACAAUGAUCUACUCUUCCUAGAAGAUAAUAUUUUGGAUUUAAUCAUGGUUCUUCUUCAGGAUCUUGACUUCCGUACUCACUCCCAUGAGCUGUUGGUAUACUUGGUUGGUUCCAUUCGUUUCCUGACCCAAAACCACAGCCAGAUAUUGGAACAGUUUGUCAAGCUUGGAACUUUUCGGCAUGUCGUCAGGAUAAUGGCCUCUGUCAAUGAAGUGAAUUCCCAAGGUGGCAAGUUGGCCAAAGGUUCAGCCGGUAUCAUGUUGCAGCUGCUCUCCACCCUGCGUAACUUCCUCAAUCACAAAGACCAUCAGACACUGUUUAUGUCGCACCACACCAUUUCAGAGAUUUGCCGUUCCAUGGAACUAUACCCCAGCGAUGCUGACAUCACGAUGCACAUUGCCAGAAUAUUCAGUAAGCUGACGGUAAUUCCUGAGUGUUGCACGGCCGUAGGUGAAUAUCCCUCAGCUUUCCAGUCUCUCCUAGCCUUGAUAAGUCGUUACCAGGAUCAGCCAGACGUGGUUGUCAGGCUUAGCUUUGCUUUGGGUAACAUGACGGCCAAGAACGAUGACUUCAGGUACUGUCUCUUCAAUGCCGAGAAUGCCAUGGAAACGUUGCUCAAUGUGCUGCGACAUCAUUUUGUCAAAAGCUUACAGAAGUCAAAAUUGACAGAAGAGAAUACAGUCAAUUCUCAAAAUGGUAACAGUGAAUACACCAGCUCUACAAACCUGAUGGAGGAUGUAUUAAUUAAGAUUAUUCGAGUCAUUGCUAACCUGUCCAUCAAUAAUGACAUCGGGCCAUUGAUUGCUUCCAACGAGAACUGCGUCGACCAGCUCAUGCAGAUCCUUGAUUACAAGGACGUACGCACAAGCGAAGAACUUGUUCUAAACACUGUCAUCACUAUCAACAAUCUGUCCUUCUAUGAUGUCAUCGGCAGCGAGAUUGUUGAGAGGAGGAUGGAGAUUUCCAGAUUGCUUCUGAAGUUGUUAAUGACUGACAACAUGGAGGGUAUGAUUGAAGCAGCCAGAGUCUUUGGUAACCUUUCUCGGGCAGCGGAAGUCAGGGACUACCUAACCUCUAAAAAAGUCGAUGAAAUGAUGGUGACGUUGCUCGACGCCCAAAACAGGGAAGUGGUCUACACAGCUUGUGGUGUGCUCAUCAACCUGAUGGCAGAUGACUGCAGAAGGCACAUACUGAAAGAGGAAGGAGGAAUCAAAAAAUUGAUCGAUGUUCUGGUGGACUUUGGUCGAUUGGAUUGGCAGCUUGCUGGUAUGGUGUGCAUGACGCUGUGGAACUACAGCGAGAACAUCACGAGUUCCGUUGACUGCUUUGGAGAACAGGAAACAGGAAAUCUCAUCGACAAAUUAGCAGAUUUUCUUGAUGAGGAUACUGCGAUGGAGACUCCGGAGGACAUUGAGUGGGAUGCAGAGACCAGGGAGUUUAUGAGGUCCUACUGGCGCACUGAGUUCUGCCCAGUGGCAUCUCAGCUCCUUGACAGGGUAGAGAAGCAUCAGGCGGACCUGGUGCCUAUUGGCGAGGCUCCUUGAUGACAGGAUUUGGGUGUCCUUCGGCUGGUUUGCAGGCUGAUUGCUGACGUGGGUGUUGAUCACUGAUGGCUGGUAAUAGUAGGUUGGCUGGCAAGAUGGCUGAUGAUAGCCAGCUGGUUGGUUGCUUGAAAGAUGAAAUGGGGAAUUAGGUGUCUUCUUGCCAGCUGGCUGGCAAAUGGACCACUUGGCUGGUGACAACUGGCAAGGUUGCUGGCCAACAAACUAAUCUGUUGUAGUGAUGACAGGUUAUUUCUGCCGCUCAUGAACUGCUUCACUGACUGGCUCCCAAAUGUCUCCCAAAUACUGAUCAGUAGCUAGGAAGUUGACAUUUUGAUGAGCUAACCAGAAGUUUUGCUGCAUAGUUUACAUGUGUAUGUAAUAUGUAUGGAGGGUCCCGUCAUUGUGAGGUUGGGUGUAUUUACUGAGAAGUUCCCUGAUACUGUGUACAUUAGUGUAACAUAAAUAUAACCUCAGCGUUGAAUGAGAUCAACCUCAAUGUCAAAACAGGGCAUUCAAUCAUUAUUUCUCUUAAAAGUUUGUUCACCUCCAUUCAAAAUUUAUUGGAUACACAAUUUAAGUGUUGACGCACAUGAUCCAUAGUGUAUACAAAAUGCUCCCAUGGUGGGCUCUUGUUUGGAAGCAAAGCGCCCUCACUGUAUCUGCAUGAAUCCAUUAGAUUGGGGGCUUGGCUUGCUUGUCAGUCACUAGCUUUCUGUGACAGCUGUUAUUCAUUGGUAAACUUGUAGCAGUCAAGGAAAAGCACUCUGUUUACAUUAACGGAUAUCUCCUGCACUUAAUCCUUUCUUCAUUAUCCAAGAGAGGCAGUCGGACACUUUCAUGAACUCGCUUGAGAGGAUUACAUCCUAUUUAACUUGUCUCAGACAAAUAGUUAUCACAUUACUUAUCUCAGAGAAAAUUGUGCAUGCAUAGCAAUUGCAAAAAGUUAGGUUUCUUGUACACAAUAAAUCAUUCAAGUUUGUACAUAAUCCCAGUACUGCUGUUUUUUUUUAAGUUGAACCAGAAUCAGUUGCCAAAGAAACUUUCCGUCUUUCGUUUCAGAGUUUGGACUCAAUAUGCCAUGCUUUCAAGGAAAGAUUUAUCAGGGUAUAUAUGAUAUUUCUCCUCAUAUUUCCUCCAAGCAAGAUUCUCCUUUUUGUGAAUAUUUGUGCACUUGGAGUUUGUCUGUGCUUUGUUGUCGAAAAAUAUCCACACAUCUCACCACAGAUUUGCUGUGUUCUCAAGAGUGUUACUAUGUGACUUACAGAAUACUGGAAUAAAAGAAAUUCUGUCUCCAGUUUUGAUCAUGCAUAUUCAUGAGGGCCUAUUUAAAAUAACUUGUUACAGUUUGAUUAUGAAAACUUUUUUAAAAAUGCAUCAGAUUUCUAGAUGAGUUCUUCCGGACUAUUGACGGAAAAUUCUGCCAUUUUUGUCGCUAGUCAAUUUAAAGUUGCUUUUUUGUGGCAAGCCAUUUGCAUAAUGUAUAUACGUGUAUUGUAACCAAAGUGUGGUCAAUAAUGUGUAUGGCGCUAUUUAUGUGAAGAUAGGAAAUGUUUUGUCAAAGCGUUUUCCACAGAUAUUAAAGUUUGAUGUAAGCCUGCUGGUGUAAAUAUUUUGUGCUUUUAAACCACCUUUGGGGGAAAUAUUCCCAAACCGUCCACUGAUGAUUAGAGCUGUUCAUUGCAAUGUAGUGUGUGUGGGUUGCAACUUGUAUGAACUAAUUAUGAAAACGUGUCAAAUAAAACAAUUUGAAAGUGCACCGAU